AUGACAAGAUAUUGUAUUUGGGGCAACAAUAGUAGUGCAUUAACGGUGGGCUACAUGAGUGGUGCACCAACUGUGGGCUACAUGAGUGGUGCACCAACUGUGGGAUACUUGUGUGGUGCACCAACUGUGGGCUACAUGAGUGGUGCACCAACUGUGGGCUACAUGAGUGGUGCACCAACUGUGGGCUACAUGAGUGGUGCACCAACUGUGGGCUACAUGAGGGGUGCACCAACUGUGGGAUACUUGUGUGGUGCACCAACUGUGGGCUACAUGAGUGGUGCACCAACUGUGGGCUACAUGAGGGGUGCACCAACUGUGGGAUACUUGUGUGGUGCACCAACUGUGGGCUACAUGAGUGGUGCACCAACUGUGGGCUACAUGAGUGGUGCACCAACUGUGGGAUACUUGUGUGGUGCACCAACUGUGGGCUACAUGAGUGGUGCACCAACUGUGGGCUACAUGAGUGGUGCACCAACUGUGGGCUACAUGAGUGGUGCACCAACUGUGGGCUACAUGAGGGGUGCACCAACUGUGGGCUACAUGAGUGGUGCACCAACUGUGGGCUACAUGAGGGGUGCACCAACUGUGGGCUACAUGAGUGGUGCACCAACUGUGGGCUACAUGAGGGGUGCACCAACUGUGGGAUACUUGUGUGGUGCACCAACUGUGGGCUACAUGAGUGGUGCACCAACUGUGGGCUACAUGAUUGGUGCACCAACUGUGGGCUACAUGAGUGGUGCACCAACUGUGGGCUACAUGAGUAUGGCACCAACUGUGGGCUAUAUGAGUGGUGCACUAACUGUGGGCUACAUGAGUGGUGCACCAACUGUGGGCUACAUGAGUGGUGCACCAUCUGUGGGCUACAUGAGUGGUGCACUAAAUGUGGGCUACAUAAGUGGUGCACCAACAGUGGGCUACAUGAGUGGUGCACUAACUGUGGGCUACAUGAGUGGUGCACCAACUGUGGGCUACAUGAUUGGUGCACCAACUGUGGGCUACAUGAGUGGUGCACCAACUGUGGGCUACAUGAGGGGUGAACCAACUGUGGGCUAUAUGAGUGGUGCACCAACUGUGGGCUACAUGAGUGGUGCACCAACUGUGAGCUACCUCAGUGGUGCAACAACUGUGGGCUACAUGAGUGGUGCACCAACUGUGGGCUACAUGAGUGGUGCACCAACUGUGGGCUACAUGAGUGGUGCACCAACUGAGGGCUACAUGAAUGGUGCACCAACGGUGGGCUAG